AUGUUGAGUGAUUUCGAGGUUGCAAUGCAGAGCUCAAGUGAUUCAUCUAGUCAUAAUAUGGUGGCCGCCACUGAAGUGGAAUAUGAGAAUAAUCCACUUAACUUUGAUGAUAUAAAGUUCGGUACAAAGUCUGAUACAUCUAAUGUGCCUAUGGUGGGAAUGUUGUUUAAUUCUCCAAAUGACAUUUUCGAGUUUUACAAGGCCUAUGGACAAGUAAAAGGUUUUUCUAUUAAGAGGAGAUCUAUAUCAAAGGACAAUGAUGGACAAACCAGAUAUUUGAACGAGUGCAAAGCUAGGAUUUUUGGUCGUAUAUCUAUAGAUGGAAAGUGGGAGAUAACUAUGUUUGAAGAAAAGAAUAACCAUGAGCUGAUCCCCGGUCGUUUGAGGAAUCUUUUUUGGACUGAUCCACGAACUAGUGCAGCAUAUGAAGAAUUCGAUGAUGUUGUUACGUUUGAUACUACUUAUCUCACGAACAAGUACGAUAUGCCAUUUGCUCCUUUUGUUGGGGUCAAUCACCAUGGUCAUUCUAUCCUACUAGGUUGUGGUUUAAUUUCUAGUGAAGAUACAAAAACUUUUGUAUGGUUGUUUAAAAUAUGGCUUGCUUGUAUGGGUGGUGUGGCUCCUCAAGGUAUUAUAACUGACCAAGAUAGGGCGAUGAAGAAUGCUAUACAAGUUGUCUUUCCAAAUACGAGGCAUCGAUGGUAUUUGUGGCAUAUAAUGAAAAAGGUUCCUGAAAAACUAGGUUCUUACAGAGAUUACAACGACAUAAAGAAAUUGUCGACAAAAGCAGUUUAUGAUUCUCGAAGUUCUACUUUUUUUGAUGGUUAUGUGCACUCAAAGACAACCUUGAAGCAGUUUGUUGAACAGUAUGAGAAUGCAUUACGUAAGAAAGUGGAGAAGGAGAGACAAGCUGAUUUCGAAUCAUUUAACAAGCAAUUGGCAUGUUCCACCUUUUAUGAUGUGAAAAAACAAAUGCGUGAUUUGUACACAGCACAAAAGUUCUUUGAGUUCCAAAAAGAGAUGACUGGAAUGAUGUAUUGUAGAAUCAAAUCAAUUUCUAGAGAUGAGUUUUCGACCCAAUAUAUUAUAUAUGAAGAUAUUGUGUAUGGAGAAGGUGCCAAGAAGAAAGUUACAUUCUCGGUUACAUAUAAUGAAGUUGCUGUUAGUUGUUCUUGUUUGAGGUUCGAGUUCAGGGGUAUUAUGUGCAGGCAUGCUCUGAGUGUGCUCAUAUAUAAUGAUCAUUCUUCACUCCCCAAUCACUAUGUUUUUAGGAGGUGGAGGAAGGAUGUUAGAAGAAGUCAUUCAUGUGUCAAACUCAAUUUUGAUGGUUGUGCAGUUUCAACCGAACAACAUAGGUACGAUGAAAUGUGCAAAUCAUUUACAAGCUUGGCAGAAUUGGCUUCUGAGAAUGAGGUUUACUAUCCCAAUGUGAUGCAAUGGAUUGAUGUAUCAUUGAAAAAUACUACAGUGACGCCAACUACAUCUUUGCUGAUAGGUUGUUCCAAUUCAAAUGAUCCAAUAGCCAAAAGAGGAAAGGGACGCCCACCAAGUGUCAUGAAGAAGUGA